ACAGGAGUGAUGAUGAUAAUAUAUCAAUGGUCAAAUGAAAACAGGAGGCAGGCACCACCUGCUCUAUAAAUGAAGGCUCAAAUGAGAGCAAUUUGUGAACAAUAUUGAGAAGUAGUGACAGAGAAGGGAAAAAACAAAAAGAAAAGGAAGUUAAAAAGAAGACAGAAUGCAUCUUUCUGGGGUUAUGAUUGUAUGUGUUCUUUAUGGUCUUCUGCUUGGAGAUUCUGCAGUCUCAGCUCAGCAACUGAGUCCAACAUUUUAUGAUGAAAGUUGCCCAAAUGUGAGCAGCAUUAUACGUGGAGUGAUUAAUGAUACUCUGCAAUCUGAUCCAAGGAUUGCUGCUAGCCUCAUCAGGCUUCACUUCCAUGACUGCUUUGUUAAUGGUUGUGAUGGAUCGCUUUUGUUGGACAAUAGUGCUACUAUAGAGAGUGAGAAAGAAGCUCUUGGCAACAACAACUCUGCCAGAGGUUUCGAAGUUGUGGACACCAUGAAAUCCCUGUUGGAGGCUGCUUGUCCUCAAACUGUUUCUUGUGCUGAUAUUCUCACUAUUGCAUCUCAGGAAUCUGUUACUUUGUCGGGAGGUCCUUCAUGGACUAAUCAACUAGGAAGAAGAGAUGCCAGAACAGCAAGCAGAGCUCAAGCUAAUCUUUCUCUUCCAAGUCCCUUUGAAACCCUUGAUCAGCUGAAACAAAAGUUUUUAGAUGUUGGUCUCAACGACAACGUCGAUCUGGUUGCGUUAUCUGGUGGUCAUACAUUUGGAAGAGCUCAAUGCUUUACUUUCAGCCAGCGUCUAGUCGAUUUCAAUGGUACUGGUGCUCCAGACACAUCAUUGAACACAACUUAUGGAGAUACACUUCGAGCAUUGUGCCCUGUAAAUGGAACUCCAAGUGUCUUGACCGACCUUGAUUCAGCAACACCUGACGCAUUUGACAACAGAUAUUUCUCAAAUCUUCUGAGUGGCAAAGGCCUUCUGCAAAGUGAUCAAGAACUGUUCUCAACUCCUGGUGCUGAUACUGCUGGCAUUGUCACCAACUUUAGCACUAGCCAAACUGCUUUCUUUGAGAGCUUCGUGGUUUCCAUGAUCAGGAUGGGAAAUCUCAGUGUCUUGACAGGCACUGAUGGGGAGGUCAGGCUGAAUUGCAGAGUUGUUAAUCCACCUCUAGCUGAAGAUGAUAACCUUCUUGUCAGCUCAAUGUGAUUCACAGACUAUUUAUGUUGUAUGGUUAAGUAUGUACUCAAGGCUAAUAAAAAUUUUAUAUGUGUGGUACUAUAGCUUAGAAAUUAAAACACUGCUUGUAUCAUGGAUUUGAUAAAAAAAAAAAAAAAAACAAUUGAGUCUUUUAAAGUUUAAAGUUCCGAGUUUAGGUUUGAAUGUCAGUGGAAGUUAUUAAUAAAGAAAAAGAAAAAUCGAAAUGAUUAUCCA